AUGGUAUUUUACAUACUUUCAGACAAGAAUGCAAAUAAAGAGCUAGUUCACCCAGAGUUUCAAGAUGAAAAUCCAAGGCGAGGUGAGGAAACCUUUCACUGUUUAUUUGUUAUAUAAAUUCAUGUUUAAAUAUCUUUUCUAACUGUUUGUGUUUUUUCUCUUGAGUGCAAUCAAAAGCAUUGGAUAUGCCAAUAGAUCAAUUGGAUGAUACCUUUAUAAAUUAAUGUUUUAAUUCUACUGAGCAAGGUACUAUUAAAUAUAUAGUAUGUGUUAGUAUGUGAACAGGUUUGAAAUUAUUAGUUGUGCUAUUGGGUUAUUCCAGAAAUGAUCCACACUUCUGGCUGUAUGGAGGGGGAUGGGACAAAGUCUACGUCUGAUAAUAGUGGAAGUACUAGGACAUCCGAUGAGGGCAGGGGGUUGACUUCCAGGGUGCAUUCCAUGUAUGUAAACUUUAUGUCUAGGUUAGAAAAUUGUUAGUGAUGUUAUUGGGUUAUUCCAGAAAUGAUCCACACUUCUGGCUGUAUAGAGGGGGAUGGGACAAAGUCUACAUCUGAUUUAUAAUAGUGGAAGUACUAGGACAUCCGAUGAGGGCAGGGGGUUGACUUCCAGGGUGCAUUCCAUGUAUGAAAACUCUGUCGGAUUUACGCCAACAUUUAUGAUAAAAAUUGGAGAUUAUAACUUUGGGGGACCAAAAUCCAUGUUAUUUACUGUUAACAUUAUAUUCUUGAAGUUAUACAGCUGUGAAUAUACACACAUUUACGUAUGGCAUUGAAUUUCAGGCACAAAGUUAGUUACACUUAUAUCACUUCAUUUCUCACACCACGCCGGAUAUAUCUGGCAUGGAAUGCACUCUUUCAAUUUCCUUAAUUGUUGCUGGAACUGAGGAUGUUUUCUAGAAUUACUCAUUGUACCAUACUUACAUUUAAAUUUUCUAGAUCUUGAAGCAAUUAUUGAAGAAUGCCAAGAUGUUGUUGGUCAAACAGAGAAUAGUCCCAGUGCAUGGCAAAAAAGAAUGACAAAUCUUGAUGAAAACUGGCAAAAUGUUAGAGAGACAAUUUUUGAAAGUGCUGUAUGUUCUUUUGCUCCACCCUCUUCCUCAAUACCAUGUUGCAAGUGUGGCACUAGUGAAGCUAUGUUAAGAUGUUGUGAGUGUGGCAUCAAUCGAUUCCUUUGUGUAAAUUGUGAUGAUGAAGUGCAUCUGUCCCUGCCUUUUCAUAACCGUGAAGUCUGGUUUAAUGGAUAUUUUCAACAUAUCCUUCCAACUGAGACAAUAUCAGAAGAGAAAAAAAUUAUUCAUGUUGGUAUGUGUUAUUACAGUAUAUAA